CAGCUAGCGGCCCGAGACUAACACGGCAGGCUCCGUGUGUGUGUAUAUCGGAGAGCGUACGUUCGUGUAUAGUGUACGCGAGAGAGUCAGUGCGCCUCUCGGCCGUGGGCACAAAUCGCGAGUAAAAUGGAAGCGGAAUUUCGCUGCGAGGUUGAGGUCCGCCGUUGAGAACAGUGAACAUGGGAAGGUCCAAGUUUCCCGGGAAGCCGCCGAAGACGGCCACCAGGAAACGGAUCAAGGUGCUCGGCCAGCCCGAGGCAGCACAGAGCGAUCCGGUAACCGUCGCCGAGAACAUCUACUACGGACUUUCCCUGUUCAACGAAACAUUCGGUGACAACGAGAAGGAACAUCCACCGUUCCAUGGAUUUAGCACUAAAGAGGCUAAUCUUUCUGCAUCUUACAUAAAAACGCAGCAACACAAUGCAGAGAAGACCAACAAUAAAUUACCCUCUGUCACAGUCGAAAAUCUUGCACCACAGUCUAAGAAGGACACUACUGAUGUUAAAAAUUCUCCCUCAGAUAUCAAAAACAGCACCAAGAAGCUUACCGAUACAAAUUCAAAGCCAGUCGAAGACAUCACGAAGCCAGUUGUAAACUCGAACGCUAAACAGACUCCGAAAAUUCACCGUGCUAAAAGUCGUAAGAAUUGCAAGAGCAUAAAAUUUUCGAAUUAUUUGAAAAAUCCAGUGCUAAAAUCAGUGAACAAUAUCUUGGAUCAGCAUCAGAGAACGAGGCAACUACGCAACAGCACUGCAAAAAGAUUGCUUCAAAGGGCGAAAUCUAAUGGAAGUAACGCGCGUAAUCUGCUGGUGCAAUCCGGAGAGAAGCCUAGCACAGUGAGAAAAUUUGUUUUACCCGUUCGUAGCGUGCAUUCGUCAAGAGUUAUAAAGCCGAACAAGAGAUUCAUUGAGGAAUUGGAAGAAAUAUCCGGUACAGAGCACAGUGAGAACGAAAUCGGUACGCAUGUCAAAAAGGCUAGACUACAUCUGGACAAGUUCGGUAAUCAGGAAUCAAAAUUGAAGGGUGACACAGUCAGUAAACUGUGUACGAAAUUUAAGGAUAAGAUACGCAACAAACCGAGGAAAGUGAUUCAGGGUGUUGGCACGAAUGCCGAAGUAAAUCAGCAAGCAAAAGCUACGGAGAAAUCAGCGAAUUCUGUACAAAACGCACAAAUAUCAAAAACCACGCAUAGAGAAGUAAAGAAAUCCCAUACUAUAUCGUGUAAGAAUAAAGUAUCAAACAGCGCAUCCGUCAACUCCAGCAACAAUCAGGAAUGCCCGCAAAACUCGAGCAGAGUGGCACAAACGGCAAAAUCAACAGUUCCCAGAAAUCAGAAGCAGAUUUCUAUUCCUACAAAAGUUCUUCCCGAUUCCAAUGUUCCAAACUUCGAGUCUUCCAGGGUUCAGACGAGAUCAGGAACUCAAAAUGAGGUAGCGAGCGAUUUAAAUAACCAGGCAAGCUUGGAAGGUGGUGCAGGAUUAGCGGAAGAUGGCUGUGCGAAAACCGAGGGUCAGCCUGAAAAUAGUAAUAAGACUGUGGUUAGUGCAUUGGACAAUUUUGAGGCAGAAAGCAAUUUAUCGGAGAGUGAAACCGAAAGCGAGCACAGCAAUCAUUCAGGAAGUGAGCAAUCUGAAUUCAGCGGGAUGAAACUCAACGGUGGAAAAGUUAUAUUGAGAAAGGCGAGAUUAAAGUUGGAUAACAAGUGCUUAGCUGGAACGGAAGGACCAUUCUCAACGACCAGCACCAGUAACGCUAUGGGAGGAAGUACUAAUUUAGGAUUAACAGGAACUAUAAAGUGCGGCGUUUGCGGCGCGGUGCGAUUUUAUCGAUUCGUGAAACAAGCGCGCAAGUUUGGUAUUCACAGCUGCGAAUCUUGCCGAAAGUUUAUAAGCAAGAUGAUCAAACGUCAGGCUUGCGCGAAAUCCUCAAACAACGUUCUUCCCAUUCUCCAGUGUCAUAAAGGCGACGGUCUAUGUUUAGUCCCGCCCGUUGUAAGGAGCCAGCAGUGGAAUCUCAUGAGAUGCGUUUAUAAAGCCAGAUGUCCGGCGUGUUGGUUGAAAAUGUGUUUGAAAUGUUACAACAUUCCACCUGCCCUGCGGACAGGUUUAAACGCGUUGUUACCACCGUUAAUGAGAGACCCUUUAAGUAUCUCUUUGCCGCUCAGUCAGGACGAGGACGGUCAGGGGCAAAAGUUGGGUACGUGUACUCCACUCAGUUGGCCUGCGGAGGACAGCACGGAAAGAAAUUUGUUCAAGUCGGCAAUGAGUUGGAGAGACUUCGAAAUAGGACAAAAAACAAGUUAUCAGGGUACCGGAGGCUUUCUCUAUACAAAGAUAGAUAAAUUUGACUCGUCGACGAGUAUAUCGCCCAACAAGAAACGAAAGAAAAAUAAUAGGAUUAAAGUGAGAAAGAAAAUUGGCAGCCCAACGCUCGCUUCGCCAGCCGACAACCAGUGUCCGCAGCCUCUCCGUCAGAGGUUGGAAUUGAAGGGGCCGAGAGUUAAGCACGUUUGUCGAAGCGCCAGUGUCGCCCUUGGGCAGCCCAUUGCAACUUUUCCCGCUGCAGAUACGAAAGAGGACAACGAGCACGGCAAGAACAUUCCAAAGACGGUGAAAGAAACCGAGAGGACGGAAAAGAGAGACGAGGCGACGAAAGAGAAGGAAACGCAAAAGUGCUCCGAGGAAACCAAUUUAAAUCUCAACGCCAACACGACGCAACAGUCCCAUCCGAGAAGGGGGAAACCGCAGAAUGUAUCAACGUCGCAUUUUCCAGCGAUGUCUAAGGCAGCUGCAGACACCUUGUACACAGUCUCCAUAGACUUUUGGGAACAAUACGAUCCUUCGGAGGUCGGAGCAAAGGGAUUUGCUCUUAUCGGCUCCGAGCUGUUUCACAUACCCGCUAUUUGCUAUCUGUGUGGAAGUGCCGGUAAAGAACCGUUGAUCCACUGUCAAUGCUGUUGCGAGCCAUACCACGCCUUCUGUUUGGAACCCAGUGAAUGGAAUGCUUGCGCACAGCCGAACUGGUGUUGUCCCCGGUGUACAAUCUGUCAGUCCUGUCAUCUCAGAUCCGGUCCGAAAUUGUCCUGCAUUCGUUGUCGCCAAUCGUUUCACCAUUCGUGUUUGUCAAAAUCCGGUGUUAGCUCGAGAUUGUACAGUCCCGAUCGACCUUACGUUUGCCAAAGCUGUAUCAAGUGUAAAAGCUGCGGUAGUGAAGGCGUUAGCGUCUAUGUGGGUAAUCUACCCCUCUGCUCCAUGUGCUUUAAGUUAAGACAGCAAGGGAACUAUUGUCCUUUGUGUCAGAGGUGUUACAACGAAAACGAUUUCGACACGAAGAUGAUGGAAUGUAGCGAGUGUUCCUGUUGGGUACAUGCCCGUUGUGAAGGCCUUUCGGAUGAGCGUUACCAGAUACUCAGUUACCUGCCCGAUUCAAUCGAGUACACUUGUAGCCAGUGCUCUUCCAACUCAAAUUCCGUCUGGAGGAAUGCCAUAGAAGCGGAGCUGAAGGCGGGUUUCAUCGGCGUGGUAAAGUCUCUGAGUAAGAACCGUAAAAUCUGCAUGGCUCUCAAGUGGAGUCCGAGGAAGGAGUGUCUUUGUAGACCAGUUCCAAGCACGAGAAGACUCGAAUUUUCUGAGGACAAGAACGAGACGAGCUACGCGAGGGAGACUGAAGAGUCGGAAGAGAGCAACGGUGACAAAUUCGCGGAUACUGAUUCGAGCGCGGGUGUUACUUGCAGAGACGGUAUAAGUAAGCUCGAUGUAGAGGAACAUACGACGGACGGUCCCGUUAGAAAGGGCCUGCGACGAUUGCGACAAAAGUUUCAUCUGAAAGAAUGCUCGGUCAGAGUAAAAAAUUGUAUUCCCAAGGACUCUCAAGGCACCGAGAGAAAAGACUGGUCGAACGAGGAAUCUACUUCAAGUGACGUCGCAGAAUGCCACUGUUCGGAGCAACAGGUCAUCGCGAGGCCCUCGCCCACCCUGAUGUCCGUAAAGCGAAAAGUGAACGGUAAUGAGUACAAAUCACUGUCGCAGUUUCACUGUGAUAUGGAGCACGUGAUAAAUCGAGCUGGUUCGAAAGAUCUGAUGGAAACUUACCACGAAAUCCUACAAGAAGUCUUUCCUUGGUUCACUCCUAAAAAUUUCAAGGGUAGCGACGACAAUGACGAUACGCUAACACCUCCUAAUGACGUGUGCAAGGACACCUCGUUAAAGACCAAGUUCGACGAUCCCGUUCUAGAAGCGUGGAAGGAAGAGGUGAUGAGGGCGCCGAAAGCGAUCGCGGCAAAAACGGCGAAUCUGUACAAUAUUCACGUUGAGGACAGCAGAUCGUGUUGUCUGUGCAAAGGUUUGGGCGAUGGACAAGAGAUGAAGGAGGGCAGAUUGCUGUAUUGCGGUCAAAACGAAUGGGUGCACGCGAAUUGCGCGCUAUGGUCGAACGAGGUGUUCGAGGAGAUCGAUGGCUCGCUGCAGAACGUUCACAGUGCCAUUUCGAGAGGACGUUUGAUCCGUUGCACCGAGUGCGGGAAGAAGGGCGCGAGUAUCGGAUGCUGCGCAAAGAGCUGUAGUAAUACCUUCCACUUUCCGUGCGCGAGAAAUGUUGGACUGACCUUCAACGACGACAAGAGAGUAUUCUGCGCCUCGCACUCGGCCAGUUAUGCGCACAAACCUCUGCAAAACGAAAACGAAUUCAGUUUGAAACGGCCAGUAUACGUGGAGCUGGAUCGGAAGAAGAAAAAGUACGUGGAACCCAACAAAGUGAAGGUGAUGAUAGGCUCAUUGAUGAUCGAUUGUUUGGGCACCGUCAUUCCUGAAUUCUCCGACACGACCGAGAAGAUAAUACCGUGUGAUUAUAAGUGCUCCAGGCUUUAUUGGUCUACUGUGAAUCCUUACAAAGUCGUGAGAUAUUAUAUCAGGACUUAUGUACAGGUGCACGUGCCAGACGUUUCAUCCGAAGUCGAGAACAACAUCACUAUCGAUCACACCAAAGAACAGGAAAAGGAGGAAGUACCAACGGAUGCGCAGAGAGUCGACUAUUUGGCCGUUAAGCAAACCCUGGACACGCUCGUCGAUAUUGUGUGCAAUAAAGAGGUCGAUGAAAAUCUGGCGGAACAAAAUAACACGGAUCUUUUGCCGCCAGAGUUGAAGGAAGCUAUAUUCGAGGAUCUGCCGCACGAUCUGCUGGACGGGAUUUCCAUGCAGGACAUUUUUCCGAAGAUGUCGUAUGAGGAUUUUUUAGCCAUGGACUUGAAGAACGACGCCUCCUUCACCACGGAUUUGUUUAAGGACGAUAUGUUGCCGUCGGAAAUCGAAGAAACGAUAAAACCGCCAGAAAGUAAACUUUCCAAAAUGGACUCGUCUUUGCUGGAAUUGGGGAAUAAUGACCUCUGGGUGCGGCUGGAGGCGAAAACUGCUGUUCAAGAUCUGAUGGACGACCUAUUCAACUCAAAAAAUCAGAAACGUGGUGGUAGGGAGCUGAAACGAUCAAAAUCCGAAGUGAUGUCGAACAAUCCGCUGAUUGUCGGCGGCCAGCGGCAUCAUCAGCGUUCCUGCAGUCUGACCUGGAGCUGCAAACUUGACAACACUUACGGCUCCAGCAUAAAGAGACGGAAGUUACCACGAAAUCCGUCCAGCACUAAACCCAGCGAAGCCGGCCUUAUUGUUUUGGAUGCGCAAAAUGAACGCACGUCCAUGUUCCACGAGCUAAGAAUCCCGGAGAGCAUCAUGGUCACUGUGGGACGAGCGAACACGUCCAACAUAUUAUCCGACUCCGUGCGCGAAUUGAAAUACUGCAUCGAAGAUUCAGCUGGCUUGAAUCGCCGCGUGUUAUCAGCCAGGGAUGAUGCGAAGGAGCAUAAAAGACUGUUUUGGCAUCCGAGACAGCAACAACCGCGAAUAGUGCAAGUGGAUGGACCAGCUGACGCUAACAGCGCGAGCGAAUGCAGUUCACCGGAAUACAACACCGAGGAGAAGAGCAACGCGAAUCUGUCAACGUCCGAAUCAUUAUCGAUCCCACAACUGGACGGCAUCAAUGACGAGCAUUCGUCCGACUCAAGUGAAUUGAGCGCGGAAAAAGAUCUCGGUUUGUACACGCGCACCUCGAAUUUUUUACAUCCGAAACGUAUCUUUGGCUUUAUCAGGUCGCAGGUGACGAGUAACGGCGACAAGUCACAGAAGGUGAAGAACGGUAACGGGAAUCUCGCAAUCGCUUCUUCCACCAGAUGCACGUUGCAAAAAAUGGGAGCUUUACUCAAAGAAAAGAGCCUCAAGCUGAAUCUAGAGAUCCCGCAAGUAGACGGCGCAGGUGACAUUUCGAGCGAUGACGAAUGCGUAACGUCGCAGCACCAUGCGACGACACGCGACAGGAUAAUCCAUGCUGCGUAUGAAUCGCCGUUCGAGCAUAUUGAUCGACCUGUCACCUGCAAGAGAUGCUGCUGCACGUAUCGCACCCAGGACAGUUACAAUCGGCACCUGGCUAAUUGCGACAUCAUGAUCACCAGCGACAGUGACUCGGAGACCAUGGACAACAAACUCGCGUCGCCGGACUCGAGGUUCUCUCCGAGUGUGGGUUCGGUAUCGCCACAAUUUAUCACACUUUCACCAUCCGAGGGACAUACUCUGUCGACCGAUUACACGGAUAUCCAGGCGACGUCGCCGAUCGAGGCGUCCGUGCCAUCACCCCAUCCGAGCAUUCAGAUUGAGCCGAUCGCUCAGGCGAUUAUCACACCGCAGAUUCACACGGCACACGCCACGGUAGAGACCGUGCACCAGACAGUAUUAACAUCCAACGAUAUGAUCGUGCAGACUCAGUAUACUCGCAGAACCACCACCCUGCCGAACCCAGCAGUAUUACCCCCUCAGGAAAGCACGGUGCAAAUAACAGAGAUUACUGAUCCGCCGUCCGUUUCGAGUGAUUCCAAUGUCACAACGCACAGCAUGAUGAACACGCCGAUGAGCUCGCCAGACAGUACGAGCUCGCAGACCGUCCCUAGCCCAGAAAUGUCACCCAACUAUCUGACUACAAGUGUACAGACAGCACAUGAGAACGCGCAGCAAGCAAACGCGCAGAUUUCCCGCGUCACCGCCGUCGCGAAAUCAAAGACCCCGCGGGUGACCAAACCCAAGACGAAAAGCGUCAAGUCGCAACAGCACAUCGUGAAGAACGUUGUGCAGACACCGCACAAUCAUGCCGCCGCGCAUGCCAGGUUCCAGCCAGCGACGAUGCAGAGUAGCACGGCGCCGGUCAUCCAAUUGCAACAGACCACUCAGAGACCGACGGUGAUCCUGCAGCAAGUGGCAUCACCCGGAAUUAUGUCCGCUUACGUGGAGACGUUGCAGCAGCAAUCCGGUCAGAAUUUACAGUACAUCACGACGAUAGGUAGCGGACAGCACGAACCCAGUUUCAAGCCGCAGUUUAUCGCGACGAAUCCUUUGAUGCCGGGUACGUACAUACAGGCACCGUCCGACAAUCUGCUGGCACUGCAGAAUGGCGGCAUCUCGAUAUUGCCGAGUGUACAGAUUACACAGACACAACCCACGGUCCUGGGCACGAUCAUACAGCAGCAACCCGGCGCAAUUCAGUGUGGUGUCAUAUCAUCAGAGCAACUGCUAUUGAGUUCGACGCCCACGCUAGAGAUGUUUACCGAUCCGACUGGUGGUAUGUUUGUGUCUAAUCAGCCGAUGUACUACGGUCUGGAGACGAUCGUCAGCAACACGGUAAUGUCGUCCAGUCAGUUCAUGGCAGGCGCGGUGCCGCAAGUAUUAGCUAGCAGUUAUCAAACGACUACCCAAGUGUUUCAAGCAUCCAAGCUGAUGGAGCCCAUCGUGGACGUGCAGACCGUGCCUGGCGUGCCUACGGUGACAGCGGUGCAGGCGAUGCAGAAUGUAUCGGGCGUGCCCGGUGUGCAGAACGUGCCUGGUGUACAGAACGUGCCCGCCGUGUCCAAUAUAACCGGCGUGUCUAACGUGACGAGCGUGCAGGGAGUCGGCAGUAUGCCGAAUGUGCCAGCAGUGGCCGGCGGUUACGUGGUGGUGAAUCAAUCGGCGCCGCCACCAGCAGCAGCACCAGCACCGACAGCAAUAGCAGCUCCGGCAGCCGCACCAGUACCAGCAUCGAUACCGGCCUUAGUGCCAGCACCAGCAUCGAUACCGACUGCAAUACCAUCAGCAGCACCGAUGCCAGCACCAGCGCCAGUACCGGCGCCAGCACCAGUACCAGCAUUAGCAUCAGCACAAAUAUCAGCGUCAGUACCAGUACCGGUACCAGCACCAACAUCAGUACCGGCAUCGGUAUUAGCAGCUCCGUCAGCACCACCGCCACCGCCACCGCCACCAUCGCUGCCACCUCCAGUACCAUCAUUAUCACUACCAUCAGUGGAACCGAUCGCAGCAGCAUCGCAGAUCAACAUUUCCACUACGCCCCAGGAGCAAGUUUUUGGCAGCGUUGCAUGCAACGUCGUAUCACCAGCAUCAUGCGCGAAUAUCACGGAACAACCAGUGACAUCGAUCCAAGUGGCGGAUGUAUGUCCAUCGAACAUUCACGUUGUGACAUCGAGCAGCGAGGCAACGGCUACGAAGUUGUCACCGUUACCGCCACCACCGCAUGCAAUGCCAACGAUACCCCGUGUCGCCGUGCGACCCAGUCCGGUGACACAUUCAAUUGUAAAUCAUGGUGCCGCCUGGCGGAUCACUGAGCCGCUGUUUGGUACGGAUCAACCGAUGAACAAUAGCGUGCGACCGUACUUCGACUCGAAACAUGUAUCGGAAAAUACUAGCAUGAUCAAGUCCAGCAUAUCAUCGUCCAAGAUACCGCCCUUAUCUAAUCACUACAUCGCGCAGAGGAACCUAGUUGUAAAUAGCAAACCGAAUCAUGAUGUAAAUAGUGUGAAUAAGAGCUACAACGGCAGUAUCGUGCCGAGUUCCAACUGCGCGAAUGCCAGUAUCAACAGUAACAGCAACCAAAUCGUUGUCGCCUGCUCCAACAACUCUGUGCAGAAUAAAAUCUCAAUGCCAACGAGUAACAGCAUGCCAACCAGUCGACCAAUGAACAGAGUGCUGCCGAUGCAGGCGGUAACACCAAAGCAGGAUCCGAUAAAGACUGUACCGAAAGACGAUCUAACGAUCGAAGAACCCACGAAACCGGUGAUCAAGCCGGCUGAGCCGGAAAUUGCGGAGCCGAAGAAAACUGUCACCGAGGAGAUCGCACCAAUGGAGAAACCCACGGAUGUUACAUUGAGUAACAUCAGCGAUAGUAUCAAACUGAACACGGAUACCAUAGAGAAGGUGAAGGAGAAUCUCAAGCUAGAACUCGACAAGGAAAAGCUACAGAAUACGUCGCUGAAGAUAGUGCUGCAGAAACAAUUGCAGGAUGGUUCUUAUAAAAUUACGCGCAACAUGAAGGCGGUCACGCAGAGUAAAAAGACACCUCAGGUAACGUCUGUGGAGAUAUUGCCUGCGAAGCAGGUGCCGCAGAUCGCGUCGCUGCAACUGCUGCCGAUCAAGACGUUCACGCUAAAGACGAAUAAGAUUGAGGAUAAGGCGAAGCCCGCGGAUACGAAGAUGAACUCGUUGAAAACGAAGACACCGCCGGUAGCCGUGAAGAAGCCGAGAAUCGUGGCGAAGUCGAUCAGAUCAGUGCGAAACAAUCCGUCGCAUAAUUCGCAACAGAUACAGAAGAAUUGCGCGAAAGGGCCGACCCUGAUGUACGAAAUAAAAUCGCAGGACGGCUUCACGCACACCGCCACGUCUAUGGCCGAGGUGUGGGAGACGGUGUUUCAGGCGGUGCAGAACGCUCGCAAGGCUCACAAUCUGCCACCACUGCCCCACAACUCCUUGUCCGAGAGUCUCGGUCUGGAAAACAACGCGACAGUCUAUCUGGUCGAGCAGUUGCCGGGCGUGAACAGGUGCACCAAGUACAAGACCAAGUUUCACACUCCGGCACCACCGAAACCUGGUGAAAUAGAGAACGAGCUGCCGGCGGCGUGUGCGAGCGGCACAGCUCGUGCGGAAUCCUACAAGGGCAGGAAGGCACAUGACAUGUUCGGCUGGCUGGCAUCGCAGCACAGACCGAAAAUAUCAGAGACGGAGUCCAGGCGAGCUGCAAAUCCCAAUUUUCCCAUGGCAAUGCGCUUUAGAACGCUCAAAGGAGCGUCAAAGGGAUCUCUCGGUGUAUAUCAUUCCCACAUACAUGGUAGAGGACUGUUUUGUUUGAGGGACAUCGAGGCUGGUGAGAUGGUUAUUGAAUAUGCUGGUGAGGUUAUUCGAUCUUCUUUGACCGACAAGAGAGAAAAGUACUAUGACAGCAAAAAUAUAGGCUGUUACAUGUUUAAAAUUGAUGAUCAUCUAGUUGUCGACGCUACCAUGAAAGGGAAUGCAGCUAGAUUUAUCAAUCACUCCUGCGAGCCAAACUGUUACUCGCGAGUGGUGGACAUCGUAGGCAAGAAACAUAUAUUGAUAUUCGCUCUUCGCCGCAUCAUUCAAGGGGAGGAGUUGACGUACGACUACAAAUUCCCAUUCGAGGAUAUCAAGAUCCCUUGUACUUGCGGUUCCCGCAGAUGUCGCAAAUACCUCAACUGAGACUGCGUAUAUACAGCUUAUCCUAAGCAGCCGACGAUCGACGACACAGAUAUAGAAUAUGUGCUAUAAUUGCGCGCGCGCUUUCGAAUAGGAUUCGUUUUAUUGAACGUUAUUCAUUUUACUCAUCAUCAAACUAUUUUCAGAGAUUGCAGCUUUUUAUUACUAUAAAAUGAACAUAGAUUAUACAUUUUAAAUAUUAGAAGGCCAGAUAUAUAGAUACGCGAAGCACGGCGGUUACGACAACGUUACUUUAGACAGCUACGUUCGUGUAGUUGAUUUUUGACGGGGGUAUAUAUACACGCACGUAUAUACCUAUAGCAAUAAAUGACUCGAGUAUAUUCCCGCUUUCGUACCCGGCGAAGUCGUGCGUGUACUAACGCGCUUCAGACUCUUGAAAGUGUUAUUUUAUUCACGCCUGUGCUUUCUCGCACGACUUUUAGAUUCUACCUAUUAUCUACUAUUGAGGCUUAAGUGUACAAGUUAUCUUACACUUUACACUAAAUACGAGCGCUUCUCGAUUCACAUGACUUCUAUGCAUUUUAGAUAACGAUUUCCCGUAAUGGAUCUUGACAGUAUUUAUCGAGUUUGUGGACUCUUCCCUUAGACGAAAGUGGCUAUCGUGAUAAAAAAAAUUAAUCGUACGACGCGAAUGGAUGAUGAAAAAACCAAAAGGAAGGCAGAUCGUAGUUUUCAGAAGCCCAAUCAUGUUGGUACUUGUCACGAGACGAAAGUGACAAAUGAGAGAAAGACGCGAGUGAGCGAAUGGUGUACAAACGAUCUUACGAAGUACGUGAAUGCGAUACGCAACAAUUGUACAUUUAAAUGAUCUUUUCGUGUAAAUUUUGAAAAUUUAGUGUACAGUGUACGAUGAACUUCGUGACAUUUCAUGUCUGCUGUAGGGCCAGAUUUCAAAUGUUUUUGUAAAAUAUGUAAUUGUUAGAUUAGAUAUAUCGUCUUUGAUGUAAGUACAGCAAAACCAGUUUUAACUUAAGUUAGGAAUGUAGGCAUUAAGGAGAGAGAUAGAGAAUGGCAAGUGUGAACAGUCUCCUGUAGCAGGACAUUGUUCGAAGGUGUACCUACUUUGGCAGACAUUGAUACGACAUUGUGUUUCGUUAUUUGCGAGAUCAUUGACAAAAAUGAACGAGACAUUCGGUUUCCGAAUUGAUUUUAAAUUAUUUAUUCGCUCGCGCAUGAAACAGCCCGAGUUUGAUAUACACUUUUCCCUUCUUUUUUUUUUUAUUUUAUACGUUCUUUAGAUAUCGCACCUGUAUAUUCGUGCUUCCACCUUGCCAAGAUCAUGAUUAUUGGCUUUGUCACCCGAGUAAUGUCCGAACGGUAAACAGAAUCCGCGACAAGGAGAACACAUUUCGUUCGACAAGUAUAUUUCAUAGAAGCGUUAACGUUUUUAACGAAUGCUUUCGGAGGAGCUUCUAUCGGAAAGUCAGUUUGCUCGUUCAACUCGACGAGGAUUUACGCAUUGUUUGAGAUAAACGUCCUCGGGAACGCUCCCGGCGAACGUUUGUGAUACUUUCCCACAAUGGGAGAUAUUAGAAAUGCUUUUUAUAGGAAUAUAUUUUACAUUUUUACGGAUAUAUACAUACAUACAUAUAUAUAUAUCACGUAUUCUCUCCGUACCAAUACCCUUCUGUGAAGUCCAGUUUUGCCUUACUUUUAAUGUACCUACGCUUCUACGCCCAGUGAUAGAUUUAGGUGUAUUUACGCAAAUGAUAUUUUAUAUUCGGAACUAACACAAUCGCGUGCAAACAAGGCGCGGCACGGCGCCUCCCCCUGAGACAGCUGUCGAUGAUGAUAUCUUAGCGCGAUUAAUCAAUCUCUGCCGAGGUGGUAGUCCCUUAAAUUUUGGUGCUCCAUGGACACCGUUAAGUGCACUUUUCAUGAAAAAAUGGCCUAGAGUAAGAGAUAGUAGGUUGCAGAGUGCGGAAGUGUUUGAUAAUAAUAAGAAAUGCGUUAUACGAAGAAUAUUGAUCACGAAUUAUUUAAAGAGGUAAUAUAAAGAGUGGGAUGAGACGAGAUAUAUGGCGGGGAGCAUUAUUUGAGCACGCGAAUAAUGUCAGGCGUGCUGACGAUUUUAAUCGGCCUGGUUUGGUACAAAGUGCAUACGCUGAGUUGUAUAAAAAGUUAUAAAAAAAAAGAAAUGAAAGAAAACGGGAACUUGUUCUGGUCACGUGAAAUUGCCAUUUUUUAGGUAUUUUGUGAAUCUUUUUUUCUUUUUUUUAAUAUUAUAAUUAUCGAUAAUUAAUAACUAUUAUUGGAAGAGAUGAAUAUUGUUAAUAUAAUAAUAAUUAAUUUUAAUCUGUAUAUGAAAAGUAAUACGACUAAGUAAGAAUGGUAAUUUACUUGAAAAUAUAAUAACGAUGUUAGAUAUUUUAUUGAUAUUUAUUGAUUAUACGAACGACGGUAUUAGGGUUGACGGAAAAGUACUAACGUAAAUCGAGCGAUUUAGAACCGGUGCACAUAUAUGGUGGUCACACUGUUGAUACAGAUACAAAGAUCAGGAGGUUCUUAGAUUUUUUUUCUAGCGAACGUGUAUCUUCGAUUGCAGCCUCUUUUGAGCUACGUUGCUUGAGCUAUCGGAAUCGUUUUGGGCUUUACGAAGUGUAUAACUCUAUAAGCAUUACCGCGUAACCCGAUUUCCACGCUGCUAUGUAUUAUGAUUGUAAGCUGUAGGCUAUUUAUGUGAUUGUCCGAUUUCGUUUUUACGCUCAUGCGAUCAUCGAAAUUCUCAGUACGUUGCCUCUGCUCUGAUGAUUUGUAUUACCGACACUUUCAUACUUACGGUACCCACGAAAGUACUCCGAAGGAGAAGUAUGGGAUAGUCUGGCGAGCGUGUGAGUUUUGCGAGUGCGGGACACGAGUAGCGAGAGCGCGAGAAAGAGAAGUGAAUUCUAUUUGUCUCCUGAUAAUCCUUACCUGAUGCGAAUUCGGACGAAUCGCGCCCCCGUCGGGCGCUUUCUCUGGAACAUACUCUGUGUCUUUUUCAACUAUUCCUUAAACUGCGCGAGGGCCGCGUAAAGGUCCUCUUAGUAUUACGCAUCCAGCCUUCAUUAUUAUUCUUAUUAUUAUCGCUAUUAAUUAUAAUCUACACACACACACAUCAUAAAGCAAGAAGGAGGAACGGAGGGAGAAAGAGAAUGAGAGAAAAAAAGGGAAAGCAUAAUACAUCACCAUUCAAGUCACUCGUAUAUUUGGGCACAUUUAGCACCGUUUUGUUUACUACACCCAUUUAGCACCUCAAAAAUAACGUUGCGUGUAAAAACGAUACAUCCGAAGAAUGGUACGAAGAAUAAACGUAUAGUCUAACAAUAAUAAAAAAAAGAUACUAAUGUAUAGAUGUAAUAGAUAGAUCGUUUCUCUCCGACUUUUGCGCACGUUUCACCUUCUGACGGACGAACUCGCUUCGGACGACGAUUCGAACGGACAUUUCGGUGAAAAACGAAUCACGUGGAAAAAAACGAAUGAUUAAGUUCUUUCGCAGAAACAACCGAGCGCGCGCGGUGCGCAUCAUUCGCGACGCGGUUUUGCCGAACCGCGGCAUUAAUGUAAUUAAUGACCUCUCGCAACCGGCGAUUUCGUCUCCCUGUGUGCUUUAAGUUCUCUUCGUGGAAAAAUAAAAAAGGAAAA